AUGGGUCGAUUUAGGCAGCAGCUGCAAAAGUGGCAUCCCAAGAACAGUUGUCGAGGAUCACUCCCCGGAAUGCCGACGUUGCUGCGAAGUUUUAACCAAUUGCCAACCCCGAAAGGUCGAAAUAUUGGGUCGCAAACGUUGAUCAAGGAUUUCAUCGUGAAUGUUCAAAUUGCCCAUAGAAGCUCGGAACAGGAAAACCCGUUUCAAAUGUGUGUCUUCAGAAUUAGUGCGAUGAUUGCGCCAGGGAAGCAAUGCUUGAGUCUGGAUCAGUUUGUGACUGCAGCGCCACAGGAGACCAAAUUGCCUCUGGUGAUUCGCUUGAAUCAGUCAUUCCUCCCAAAAGGCCAGCAAAGGGCAGAGAACAAGGGGGUGACAGAUCUGAACUGGGUGAAAUAUAUGCCGGCCGUGCAUGCCGGGAACAAAUUUAUCGGCAAUUAA